AUGGAGCCGCCCACAAAGCGAUCGAGGUGGGAUGCUGGUGCGGACAUCGCGCCACCUGAGAUGGCCCAAUCCUUCGAUGCGCGCUCCCUGGGCAGCGUGGGCCUCUUUGAUGGAGCACCACAGUCAUUGGCGUCCAGCUCUGCAGCGGGCUACGCCGCGGGCUACGGAGGCUAUGAGGGCUGCGGUGGCUACGGGGGUUUCGGAGGCUGUGAUGGUAGCGGCUGCGGUGGCAGCUGCAGUGGCUGCGGCUGCGGUGGUGGCAGCAGCUGCAGUGGCUGCGGCUGCGAUGGCUGCGGCUGCAGUGGUGGCAGCUGCGGUGGCUGCGGCUGGGAUCCAAGCUGGCAGCCUUCAGCAGCAUCUGGAGCCAUGCCAGCCAUGGCGGCGGCCAUGCCAGAAGUGAAGGUGAUCCAGAUCCCAGCCAAACAGAAGGGCGGCUUGAUCGGUGUGGGUGGUGAAGCCAUCGCACGGAUCAGGCAGGCCUCUGGAGCAAGCAUCAAGAUCGACCACCAGGGUGGUGACUACCUGGCUACGAUCACAAUCUCUGGGAAUGUGGCCGUGGCCGAGCAGCUCAUCAACGAGAGGCUCAACGAGCAAUAUCAUCCCAGGGACGGUUGGGCCUCCAAGGUCGUAGACGUUGAUCCCGCCAUGGUGGGUCACAUCAUCGGCCCUGGGGGCGCCAAUCUGCGGCAUAUCUUCGACACCACCGGGUGCAAGAUCAAAUUUAUCCAGGCAACAGAGGUGGAUCCGAUGGCCAUGCCUGGAAAGCAAGUUGCUUGCGUGCGCGGGCCACCCGACCGGCUCUGGGAAGGCGAAGAGGCUUUAGUGAAGAAGAUCCGGGAUAUCGAGAGCAAGAAAGCUGCUCCAGCCCCAGUGGCCUCUCCAGGGCGGCCCUUGGGGCUUGGGGGUUAUGCUCCCAGCGGCCAUGCAAGCCCGGCCCUGGGCAACAGCCCGGGUGGGAAGGGGAUGGCUAAAGGGCUUGGCGGCUAUUUGAGCCGACCAACCGAGAACCAAUGGACUGGCAGCCGGUCUGACCGCGGUCCGCCUCCACCAGUGCGAGGGGGAAAGGUCAUUCCCUGCAGGUUCCACCUGAAGAACCCCGGCAUGUGCAAGAAUGGGGAGGCUUGCCCCUUCUCGCAUGAUGCCUCCGUGAUCGCAGCGGCGCUGGGCAUUGCCGCGCCCAUGAUCAACCCCAACGCGCCCACGUAUAAGACGACGAUGUGUCGCUACUUCGAUCUCGGCCAAUGUGCCCGGGGCGCGAGCUGCAGCUACGCGCACGGAGAGCAGGAGCUGCGGAUCGGCUUGACUGCGGCCCAGCAGAAUGCCGGCGGCGUGAAGCGGGUCUUUUCAGAGGCCGCGCCGCUGUAA